ACAUUUGUGCCACCUAUCGAAAAUAACUGAAAUACAUGUGGUGAGAGGAGAAGAAAAAGAGUUUAUCUUUAUUCAAUGAAAGAUGGCUCAAGAAAUCCCUGCUGGAGCCGUGGAAGCACAGUUCAAGCAGUUUAUGUCCACAUAUGAAAAGGUUACACAGUUAUGUUUUAUAGAUUGUGUCCAUGAUUUUACCUCGAGAAAAGUUCUAAAUAAAGAGAAAACCUGUUCCACAACUUGCAUGGAGAAAUACCUCAAGUUGACACAAAGAAUGACCCAAAGAUUUCUUGAAUAUAAAGUGGCAAGUAAUGAACUGCCUGGAGCGACUGCUCCUCAGGUUGGUGGGAUGCAGAGGUAGCUUUCAUCUGUAUAGCACUGGAGUGAAAAAAACUUCUCUGAAUGGAUUGCCAUGGGACUGUGAAUAAUGGCCAUUCCAUGUCAGAUGUUUAUAAAGAUUCUGCUCCACAAAAGAUGUCGCUUCUAAAAACCUUACUAGAAAACUUGGACAUCACCACAUGAACAAUGAAUAUAUCCAAAGUUAAAUUUUUCUGGAUGCAUUCUAAUGAAAUGUGUGAUUUACAUAAGAAUGGUAAGAAAAGGUCAAUAAGAAAAACUAUAGAUGGAGGUUGAUUUUAUGUCCCAAAUGUAUAAUUUCCAGAGAUGAUUAGAUCGUUUUAUAUGUUGGGACUCCUCUCAUGUGCAUUUACUGCCUUUUUUAUAAGUGUUUGGAGUUAAAAAUAGAUAUUGAAAAACAA